AUGGGAUUCUGGUAUCCAUCUCUCAAUCUAGGUUUUUGGUCCAACCUCCCUUCAUGCUCUCCUGUUGAAAACAUCUUCUUUCAUGAAGCUCUCUGUAUUGUCUCCACAAUUCAUGACACUGUCACUCAUUUACCACAACAUAGACGACUGGCCAUUUUCACAGACAGCUUAAACUCAGUCUAUCUCUUUAACUCAUUGUCAGGGGGACCAGGUUAUAAUCAUCUUCUGAUGAAUGUUGCUGAAAUGAUUCUCACCUUUCAAGUGGGCUUUCAAGUCUUUCAUGUGUCGGGUGACCAUAAUGAGGUCAUGGAUCAUCUUUCACAAUGGAGAGCAGACAAUGCUUGUAAAGUUGUGCUGGGUUUGCAAGUACUUCCUUUUCAACCCCCAUAG